AUGGUUUUGGAACCUUCAUUUAUGGCCUGGUUAAUUUAUGUUUGUCUCAUUACGUCAGCUGGUGGUUGGAACAGUUUUGCUUGGAACCAGGGAGAUUUGGUGUAUGAUGCCUUCAAAAAAUAUGCUCGUCGCUUUAGCGUGUUCUAUUUAGGAGGCUGCGAAUUUAUGACGAAGAUCAACACAAAACGAAAGGAUUGCACAAAUUACGCGAAUUCCUAUUUCACUGCUGUGCUUGACGAACUAAAACCGGAUAUAAUAUUUAUUUUGAGUAGAGCAUUUACUGCCAAACUGCGAUUCAACCUUACACCGUUUUCUCUUGAAAAGGAUAUCAUCUUCAAUGAUUAUAUGAACACUAUGAAGAAGUUGGAGAAAUUCGCCAAAAAGGUGUAUCUAUUACAAGCAUUGCCUUCGUGUACACAGCAUGAAUGCGCCAAGAAUGUUUGGGAUUAUGUCAGGAAAAACAGACCCUUAGAGAUUGUUAAGAAACAACUCAUUGACAGAGACGAAUUUUUCGCCCGUUUUAGGAUAGAAGAAGUUGGCAAAAGGUGUAAAAAAUGUGAAAUUAUUGAUUAUAUGCCGCUACUACUCGAUGACAGCGGACGUUAUCUAGGAUACGAUCCCGAAAACGGUUUUUUAUAUCUGGAUGGACAUAAUCAUCUCAAUGAUUACGCAAAAGAACGGAUUCGUCCGCUUUUCAACCGCCUCGCUGAGGAAUUUGGAAAAGCCAUGCCCGUUUGA